AUGUCUCAGUUCCAAUUGGAGCAAUCGUCGGUGAUAAAAACCGCGCCGCCCGGUGCUCGACAACUCGUCGAUUUUCCCAAAAACGAGCCGAUCGAUAUUGCGCCACUGGCAAAUCUCCAAGAUUUAUCAAAAAUGCAAUCGCUAGACUACUACUCCACCCAGAUGCCGCAGUAUACCCGAGUUUAUGAAUAUGUGGGGCACACCACUCCACAAUUCAUCUCAACACAUCCUGGAUCAGCAGCCGCCACACAACAAUUAUAUUAUCCGACAGUUCUGGCGAACACGGUUCAGCAAGAUUGGGGGAGACAAAUGGAGGCUGGGUAUAGUACACAGGGUGCGGUGGGGUAUUCGAGGAACACGCAGCAGACGCAACAGGCACAGCAGUAUUCGCAGCAGCAGCAACAACAACAACAAGUGUCGGUGGAAAAUGAGAGAAUUGUUUAUAAAGCUGUUGAUAUGCCAUCGCCUGUUGAUUCGGGAAUCGGUGGAGAUAUUUCAUUGUUGACGAAUCCGAAGGAGGAAUUUUUUGGCGAUCAGAUGAUGGAGAGGAAUAGCGAGAGAACAUUGAGUCAUAGGGAUUCGCCACUUGUUAUUCCCAAAUUGUGAGGGAUUUUUCAACUUUAAAACUAUAAUUUUUGGUCCUUAGGCCUGUAUUUUAGGUCCGAAGAACUUUAAAUGCUUCUGACUCCUUAAAAAUCUGUUUUUUUACUUUAAGCCCAUUAAAACUUGAUUUUCUGAACAUUGAGUUUCAGAUUUUUCGAGGAAACUUUAAAACUCCUUAAAAAUCUGUUUUUUUACUUUAAGCCCAUUAAAACUUGAUUUUCUGAACAUUGAGUUUCAGAUUUUUCGAGGAAACUUUAAAUUAAUUCGAAACCUUCCAGACCAAAGAUUUUUGAUAAGAACUCUAAGGUUAAUUUUUAAAAUUUUUAAAAUUCAAAUUUGAAUGCUUCUAAAAUUGUUUAAAAUAAUUCUGGAAUAGUUUUUCUCAAGUGUUAUAUUAAUUCGAAACCUGGCUUUUAGGCUUGGCCUAAGUUAAAGGAUUAGCCUAAGUUAAAGGCUUAGCCUAAGUUAAAGGCUUAGCCUAAGUUAAAGUCUUUUAGGCUUAGCCUAAGUUAAAAGCAUUCAGGCUUAGCCCAAGUUAAAGGCAUUUAGGCUUAGCCUAAGUUAGAGGCUUUUAGGCUUUUAACAAAAAAUGUUAAACUUAACAGCACUCUACCACCAGAUCAUCCUACCUCUACCUUAUUCCAAAACUUCCAGACACAACGCCCUCGGCUUUCAAUACGUUCUCGAAGCGCCAAUCUCAACCUCAGUUCGACGAGAAGACGAUCGAAUGACCUAUGUGAACAAGGGUCAAUUCUACACCGUCGCCUUGGAUUACAUCCCAGAUCCAUGCAAACCUUUGAAAAACGUCACAGUCAAAAGUCAAUUGAUGGUUGUGUUUCGAGAAGAUAAAACGUAUGAGGAAGAGAUUAAAACGUGGCAAUUCUGGCAUUCACGACAACACUCAUCGAAACAGCGAAUUCUUGAGGUGGAUAGUAAAAAUAGUAGUGGAAUGAUUGGACAAGUUGAGGAAAUUGCGCAUAACGCCGUGCAAUUUUAUUGGAAUCCGUCGGAGCAAAAUGGUGUAAAGAUCAGCAUCGCUGUUCAAUGCUUGUCGACCGAUUUUUCGAAUCAGAAAGGUGUCAAAGGUCUUCCGCUUCAUGUUCAAGUUGAUACGUAUGACGGGGAUAAUGAUAAAUUACCAUUUCAUCGAGGUUAUUGUCAGAUUAAGGUGUUUUGCGAUAAGGUGAGUAUUGAUUUUUGAAGGCGGGGGAGGGGGGCUGGGAAAAGGGAAAAUCCCCAGGGAGAAUAUUUGCGGCGUCCAAAAAAACAGCCCUUCAGAUUGAAGGCACAUGCUGAAAGUACGGUAGAGCCUGCACAUCUAACUCGAUUCGUAUGGAAAAUCGCUCAUUUCCAUCUAUACCAGCGACGCGUAUGCGUUGCGGUCGCUUUCCAAACCCAAUAAGAAGAUAGUUAGAUACGCAGGUGGUACGGUUGUUUACUGUGUGUACCUUUAAAAAACACUUUUGGACGCCGCAUAAUUUUUUUCUACCCCCAUAAAUACCCCUGAGUCAAUUAAAAAUCCUCUAGGGAGCUGAGAGAAAACUUCGUGACGAAGAUAAACGUGCUCAAAAACGAAAGAUCGCAGGUAUCUUGAACAUAUAUAUCUUAGUGUCGUUCUGUCGUUUAGAAAAAACGCUUUAACACAAUUUGUCCAUGUCCUGUCUUCUCAUAUAACUCUCUAUGUAAUCUUAUUUAUGUGUUAAUUGUUUUGUAGGGUGCGAAUCGCAAAAUGUUGCACGAGAAUCGACGAGACGAAAAACGACGAAUGCAAGGUAACAUUAGAUAUACUUUAACUUUUUGUCGAGUCUUCGCUUAUUGUCUCGUAAUUUGUCUAAUUAACGUCGUUAACCAUUCCUCACCGCUCAAAAUCCCCCAAAAAUAUUUUGUUUUCUAGAAUUCGCCUCUGCUGGAAACAUGACUGGCCGCAAGAAGUCCGAAGGAGAAUAUCAUGAGCAAUGCGAGCGAUCCGAGUUCUACCAUAUGCGAGAGUUGGACAAACCGGCGGCGCUUUUCAUUGCGCCUGAGGAGUAUGACACGAGAUAUGUGGAUAGCACAAGUAUUAGUUAUGAUAUGAGCGAGAUGGAGCCGAUUCCGAAAAGGCCGAGGACAACUGAAAGGAGUAAGGCAUUUUUUAAAAAUAAUUUUGCAAAAAAAUAAGAAGAAAACAACGAGACUCCGCGUUGAUGACAGCGCGUGUGGUUUAUUAUACCUGAUAUUUAAUCGAUUCUUAAGAAAACAUUUUUAUGUUGCUAACUUUUAUGUUUACCGCCCCAAACCUGUUCCCACCAAUUGUUGUCCUGUCGAGAAGCAAGUCUGAAAUCGCAUUUCAGACCACCAGUGCUUCGAUUCCACUUCUUCUUCCACCACAACAUCAAAUCAUAUUUCAGUAAUGUUAUACGUUCGAAAACGCGAAGAACAAAUCUACCAACCGUUACAUGUUGUACCAUCGUCGCUCGCUGGACUCGCAUUGGCGAUUGCCAAUAAGUUCAACGUCGAACCAGAGAAGGUGAGCUUUUUGAUUUUGAUAAGUGUCGUGGCCGUGGGAAGCCUAGGCCAUUAGGGGGUUUUUAUUUAGGUUUCUACAUAUGGCCUAGAAUUCUAUUUCUAGUCCCUGCUCAUUUUUAGGUUCCUAGAAUUACAGUGAUUCGCUACAAGACCUGAAAAUACCAUGAAGUUUGUUUAAAGGAACAUUCUGGCACUUAAAAGUACACCUUUAAAGGAACAUUCAUUUAAAGGUAUAGCAAUUCACUGCAUUUUCAAUUUCGCAACCCUUUCCCCUCCAAAUCUUUGCUUUUUUCCAUCUCUACCCCAAAAAAAAAGUCAAUAAUUUUAUUUUUGCGAGAAAUUCCAAAAUGUUUGUUCGUGUUUUUGCUCUAGGCUCAAUUGUCUUUUCUUCUCCGCGGGUUUUUUUCCGAGACCGUGCGCCGAGAAUAGAAUCAAAAAGACAGAAAAUAGACCAGCGAAGAGUGUAUUUACAUAAACCUAUCAUCUUCUUUCGUUUUUUGUGCCUCCUAUUGUAUUUAUUAUUUAUACAUAUGACCGUCACUUAUGAUGACCGAAAAUAUAUAUAUGAAAAUUUGUCCUGGGGCAAGGGGCCUUAGGGGUAUUUUUGAAAAAUUAUUAGAAAAAAACAGGGGAACUUUUGGUCUUACAUGUUUUAUUGACACGCUGAACAUUAAUACAAAUACAACCACAAAACAUUGAAUAAAUAUUCAAUCCUCAUGUAUUACAAACAAAAAAAUAAACACUUUUUCGGUGAUGAAAAGAGAGGGGGAGAGGAGAGGGAUUAUUAUUGAACACUAGAUACUUUAAUUUCAAAAAUAUAGUUCCCAAAGGGCUUGAAAUCUAUGUUCAUACAAGUGGGGUUAUUUUUCCGAUGAUUGUAACAUGAGUCCCCCCCUAUAGGUUCAAUGUAAAAUAGGUUACCAUAAGAUUAAUUCAAAAUUUUUGUGCAAGUGAGUCAAAAUAGGUUAGAGAGGGCUAACCCAACUCGAAUGAUAUAAUUUUUGAAGACUUUGGGUUAACGUUAAGUGAUUUAGCCACGUUAGCGACGUUUGUCGACCGUCGAAUCACCUACGAGUGGGGUAAAAUCCUCACUAAAAAGUGGUUUAGCCACUUCCGGCCGAUUUAAAUAUCGCUAAGCCAUUUAACGUCGCUAAAUCACGUAUGCGUAAGGUAACAUCCUCACUUAUAAGUGAUUUAGCCACGUCCGGUCGAUUUAAACGUCGAAAAAUCAUUUAAUGUCGCUAAAACACCUACGAGUGGGGUAAAAUCCCCACUAAAAAGUGGUUUAGGCACGUCCGGUCGACCCUUGAGAAAAUUCUCCAAAAUUUUCAAAAGUUGAGGGCCCUACCUCUAAAAAUGCACCUAAAGUUAACCCCCCCCCCAAACCAAUCAAUAAAUCAAUAAUCUUACAGAUGAGCGGUGUCUACAAACGAUGUGCCAAAGGAAUAACAGUAAAAAUGGACGAAGACAUGCUGCGACACUAUUGCAACGAAGACACAUUCAUCAUUGAUGUCGAACCAUCUGCAGAGCUACCCGGAUCAUUUGCAGCCACUCUAGUCGAAGUAUCACCCCAACAAUACGCUUCAUCAUAG